AUGGCCACCAACGAAGAGAUUGUCAAGAUUGCAACCAACUUUAUCUUGAGUGCACCAGCUGGUGAACUCAACGAAGUUGUUUCAGAUGUUCGUGCUUUAUUACCAAAUGAAUCAAUGUUGAAUGCAUCUGCUGCCGAAACCUUCAGAGAAUACAACACUGAACAAAUGGUGAUUGCAAACUCACCAAAGGGACACAAGGUAUUGAUCACCAAGAAGGGUGAAGUCAGCCACAACGAAUAUUUAGAUCCAAAGGCCAAGCUUGUAUUGACUUUUGAUCACAUCAAGCAAACUGUCACUGGUUCACGUGCUGCUGGUAGUGAACUCGAUUCUGAAGUUGAAUCAUACAGAGCUGCUUUUGAAGAAGAAGCCGUCAAAUAUACCAAUGAGUUUUACCCAUCUGGUGUUGCUACUGUCUAUGGACAAAAGGUUUCUGAAGGUUACCAAAUCACCGUUUGCGUCAGUUCAUCUAAAUUCAAUCCAAACAACUACUGGAACGGUCGUUGGAGAUCUACCUGGACCUCUACCUUUAAGCCAGGUAGUGGAAACGUCACAAUCAACGGAAAGAUGCAAAUCAACGUUCACUACUAUGAAGAUGGUAACGUUCAACUCAACACUACCACCACUAAAUCAACCACUGCUGCUUCUGCUGAUGCCAACACUACUGCUUCAAACGUUUUCAAGGCUAUUGGAAAGGCUGAAUUAAAUGUUCAUGCUGCUUUGGAUACCAGUUAUUCAACCAUGGGUGAUACCACUUUCAAGGCUCUUCGUCGUGCUCUUCCAAUCACCAAGAUGAAGAUCAACUGGACCAAGAUCAAGGGUCACAGAGUUGGUGCCGAAUUAUCCAACAAAUAA